GACAGCUGUCGUCGGGUUUGUGGAGGACCGACGUCAGUGUUUGUGCUGCUCUGGGGAAGAUGGCGGAGGCUGCGGUUGUUCCCCCGCAUCGAUUUUUCUGCCACUGUUGUAAAGGAGAAGUCAAUCCCAAGCUCCCGGAGUACAUCUGUCCGAGAUGUGAUUCAGGGUUCAUAGAGGAAGUAACAGAAGACUCCAGUCUCCUAGAGGGUGGUGCAAACGGGAUAGAUGACACAGCCACACAGUUUGCAGAGCUAUGGCACCUGUUGUUACUGGAGCGGCCGUUUACAACAGACAAUGACACCCCUGACUCAGAACCCCGGCUCCCUGGAGGACGGCUGGGUGGUCUCAGUGACCUGGGGGGGUUGGGAGGGGGACCAAUCGGGGGGUCAGUCCCAGCAGGCCUUGGGGGACCUAUGGGGGGUUUACUAGGAGCCGGGGAUCACUGGGGACCGGGACGCCCCCCUCGCCUCCACAGCCAGAGAAGAUACCGGUCUAGAGGCAGCAGCAGGCCUGACCGCUCGCCCGCUGUGGAAGGGAUUGUGCAACAGUUUCUUGCUGGCCUCUUUGCCAACUCUGGAGUCUCCAGCUCACCUCCGCUCUCAUGGACAGGGAUGCUGCACUCUAACCCUGGGGACUACGCCUGGGGACAGGGAGGGUUAGACGCUGUGAUCACACAACUACUAGGUCAGCUGGAAAACACAGGACCUCCUCCAGCAGAGAAAGAGAAGAUCUCUUCUCUCCCAACUGUCAAUAUAUCUCAGGAACAAGCAGACUGCUGUAUGGAAUGUCCAGUGUGCAAAGAGGACUUCACAGUUGGAGAGCCAGUCAGACAGUUACCCUGUAACCACUUCUUUCAUUCAGACUGUAUAGUGCCAUGGCUGGAAAUGCAUGACACAUGUCCAGUGUGUAGGAAGAGUUUGAACGGUGAAGACAGCAGCAGUCAGCCCCCCUCAGAGUCCCCCUCCCUCUCCAUGGACCCUCGCACACAGGAGAGAUGGUCCUUCUGAGACGCCCCCCCGUUUCAUCCCUCCGUUCUCCCUGCCUACGUUCACCAACACACCGGGAAGACAAAAGCGCUUCUCUACUUCCCUCUCUUCAUCAGUUGUAAUCAUCUCAGUCUAUUGUUUCUUUUGUAUUUUUAUUUUCUGUUUCAAUGCCUUUCUCCUCCACCAUGUACCCCAUACCUGAACAGACGUCUUAACGCUCAGUUGAGGUCUGCUCGAUCUCUUUUUUUUUUUUUUUUUUGC